UUAGUUUCCAGCAGGAGAAUCCGCGUUCUGUGUAAACCCACAGGCCGCACUGUGCCCGCUCCUGUUCACCUUUGAGGACGUUUAGAUUGAAUAGGAGACUGUUCAACUGAAGAAGCUCCCAGCAGCCGGUAUUUGGCAUCCUGAGCUGAAUGGUUCUGGGAUCUCCAUGACAGCCACAGCCAGACGCUUGGCUCUGGUCCUCACCUCUGGUGGACGGGGACUGAUUUUCCAAAGCGGGUGUUCCAAGGAGCAGCCAUGUCUGUCCUGUACCCCUCCCUGGAGGAUCUGAAAGUGGACCACGCCAUCCAGGCCCAGGCCAGAGCCAUGCCCAAGAUGCCUGCCCUGCCAGUCCAGGAGACACCCACCUUGCUGGACCAGGGGACAGCUGCCUCCCAGGCUUCAGUUCUGUACCCAAACCUGGCAGAACUGGAAAAUUACAUGGGUCUUUCCCUCUCCAGUGACGAAGUCCAGCAGAACCUGCCUCGGGUUCCAGAAGGUGCCAGUAUGGUUUUCUCAAGCACCUCAGCGGGCCAGGUGGUGGCACCGGUGUCCGGGAACAACCUGGGGGUGCGGCGUGCAGAGAUCAAGCCUGGGGUGCGUGAGAUCCACCUGUGCAAGGAUGAGCGUGGCAAAACCGGGCUGCGGCUGCGGGCCAUUGACCAGGGGAUCUUUGUACAACUGGUCCAGGCCAACACCCCCGCCUCCCUCGUGGGGCUGCGCUUUGGGGACCAGAUCCUGCAGAUUGACGGGCGUGACUGUGCCGGGUGGAGCACGGACAAAGCGCACCGGGUGCUGAAGAAAGCCCCGGCCGAGAAGAUCACCAUGGUCAUCCGGGACAGGCCCUUCCAGCGGACCAUCACCAUGCACAAGGACAGCGCGGGCCACGUCGGCUUCAUCAUCAAGAAGGGAAAGGUGGCCUCUGUGGUCAAAGGGAGCUCUGCGGCCCGCAACGGGCUCCUUACCAACCACUACUUGUGCGAGGUGAACGGGCAGAACGUCAUCGGGCUGAAGGACAAAGACGUCAUAGAGAUUCUGGCCACAGGCGGGAACGUGAUCACCCUGACCGUCAUCCCCAGCGUGAUCUACGAGCACAUGGUCAAGAAGUUGUCCCCACUUCUGCUCCACCACACCAUGGACCACUCCCUGCCCGAUGUCUGAAGCCACAGGAGGAUAGCAAGGCCCCGCCCCACAGGACAGGGUGGAGUCGCCAUUUGGCAGGCUGCUUUCGGAUGCCUUUUCCCCGGGGCAGGUUCUCUGGAGGGGUCCAAGU